AGUACCGUAUGUCAUAUUUUAAAACAGGCCUGGUUCUCAACACUAUAUUUCAGCUUUAUGACCACACACCACACCUUCUAUUAAUUGACUCCAUCAUUCAUCGAGAAAGAGAGGUGGGAAUAGACACGAAGUUAACACAGAAGAAGGUGGAACUUCAGGCAUGCUCUUCAGCUCAUCAGGAUGAACACAAAAAGGUUGCUGAUUUUGAGUUCUGGGACACCUCUGAAGAUACGCAGUCUAAUGAGUUUAAGAUGAGACAAAGUGAACAGCCAAAAUGGAAACCUGAGUUUCUGGGUGAAGUGAACAUGCACAUUUUUGAAGAUUGGUGUGGAGGAUCUGUGGCUCAACUAAGGAAGAAUGAGUUGUUUCCUUUUUUCCCCCAUGCACGUACCACGAUCAAACGGCUUGCUCUCUAUCCUGGAUGGGAAAACUAUGGAUUGAGAAUCUUUGGAUACAUUCAUCCUAUCAUCAGUGGAGAAUACAUUUUUGCCAUUGCCUCUGAUGAUAACUCAGAGUUCUGGCUGAGUUCGGAUGAAAAGAUCAAAAAUCUCAAACUUGUGGCUUACCUGGGCAAGGUUGGAAAUGAAUGGGCUGCACCAGGGGAAUAUGAGAAAUUUUCAUCUCAGAUAUCUGAGCCUAUAGUGCUCUCAAAAAUGCAACAAUAUUACUUUGAAAUCAUCUACAAGCAAAGUGAAGCAAUGGAUCAUGUGGAGCUUGCUUGGCGUCUCAACAAAGAGAACAGCAAUUUUGAAGUUAUUACCUCGGAGUUUCUGUCACUCUACAGUGAUGAGUCUUCACUACUGCCAGUGGACAAUGACCUAAUCCCGCUCACAGCAGCUAGUCAAAAGUUGAGUUCUGAUUCCACCUCUAAACCUGAAGUGGACAUGGUCAGAGAAGACCCACGAGACACCAUUUACAAAAUACCACUGCUGCCGAAGUCCCAUUUGGAAGAUGUGUUUCCGAAAUGUGCUUACUAUCCUAUUUACAGAUAUGAGAAUCCAAGCAUUGAGAGAUACGAUGGUAUAAAUCAUGUUCGUUACACAUCAGUGUACCCAAACGACUACACAAGGCUUGCUAAUGAGGACAUGAAGGAACAGCUGUGCUUUUACGAAAAGGAUGAAGUAUAUGAGCAGGGAAAUGGGUUUGGUCAAUAUCUGAAAUUUGAAAAAGGAGAAGACAGCAAAGAGCCUAAUAUUAACAAGCCAAAGUGGAAGCAGCUCUUCAAUGUAAAGGCUGUGGAGUUCCAUUCGAAGCAGAGUGAUUUAGUUGUCCACACCUGCAAGAGAGCUGGAAAUAUCAUACUGACCCAAAAAGAAGCCAUUCCUUUAAUUAAAGCCUUCACGAAUCAACUGAAGUUAGCCGAGAACACCAGUGAUCUGGUCCUGAAACGAGUAUUAAACAUUGAAAAGAAGACAAGGGCUGAUGUGGGUAGUCGCUACCUGAUGGAGAUGGAGAUGGAAAAUAAAGAGGGGAAGAAUGUUCUUAUCUCUCAAUAUUAUUACUCCACAUCUAACCAAAAUUAUCCAGAAUUACCGGGUCUCUGCAGCCCAGCAGACUUCAACUGGAACCCAGAAGUCAAAGUCCAUGUUAUUCUGACAGUUAAAAACCAGGGGAGAUGGGUCAUUUAUUUCAUCAGAGAAAUGGAGAAAGUGUAUGAAAUGACAGGAGACAAAAACUUCAAUGUCAUCAUUGUAGACUACAACAGCACUGAUGUUGAUAUUGAGAAGGAACUGAAAAACGCAAAUUUACCAAGCUACCAGUUUAAAAGCUUAGGUGGACAUUUUGCCAAAUCUGAAGGAAUUCAAGCUGGAGUUGAUCUUGUUGAAGAUAACAACUCUCUUUUGUUCAUGUGUGACCUGCACAUCCACUUUCCUCCAUCAAUAAUAGACAAUGUGCGUAAACACUGCGUACAAGGGAAAGUUGCAUAUGCUCCUGUCGUGAUGAGACUGGGAUGUGGAGCUACAGUACAAGCUCCCGCAGGUUUCUGGGAAACUGAGGGCUAUGGUCUGGUGGGGAUUUACAAAUCAGACAUGGACCGAAUUGGAGGCAUGAAUGUUAAAGAAUUCACAGACAAGUGGGGAGGAGAAGACUGGGAGCUGCUGGACAGAAUCCUACUGCACAAGCUGGAGGUGGAACGACUGCAUCUGAGGAAUUUUGCACACUUCUUUCAUUCAAAAAGGGGCAUGUGGAACAUGCCAUGAAGCUCGUUUCUGGUCUACUUUAUGACACUAGGCAAUGGUGAUAUUGUACUAUUUAGAGUCUGCAUAGUACUAUGUACAGAACCCUCCAUUAUUAUUGCCACCUGUUGUAAAGAUUAGUAAAAAGGUUUAGAAAAAAAAUUUACCUUAUGAUGAAGUCACUUCAACUCACACUGGGAAAAAAAUUAGAAAAAUCCAACCUUUAAUUGAAAUAAAUUUAUUCAAAGAAAAACAAAUCCUUCAUCAAGAAAUAAUUAAUAAAACUUUCAACAAAAACACACGUGCCACGAUUACUUGCUCCCCUGGAAGGAUUAUUUACACCCUAUAUAGUGCACUCAUAUAGAGAUUUGACGGAAAUAAAAAAAUGGAGACAGAAAGCCGAGAAUACAUUGAACUUCCAGUGUCAGUAGUGAUAGAUGGAGACAGUGCCAAUGGUGGGAAGAAUUUCAACAAUCAUCAUCAGGGCAAAAAUGUAAAAUGAAUGACAGGCAGGAAAGUAAUUUUGUACAUACCAUUCAAAGGUUUGGACACACUUAUUAAUUAAUUUUUUUCCUUAUUUGUAUUCAUUAAAAUACACUUACUUUAUUAAAGUAAUAAUGGAUGUAAUUUCACUUUACUUAAUUGAAUGGUUCUUAGCAUUAUAUAGAUAUACAUAAUAUCCAUCCAUCCAUCCAUUACCUGUAGCCGCUUAUCCUGUUCUACAGGGUCGCAGGCAAGCUGGAGCC